AUGCAUGCUCAUCGAGAUGAGGCAAUCGAAAAAUUGACGCUAGAUCUGCACGUUAAGUCAAGCCAGACUACGAAUCUUGGCGAAGAUGUUUCCAAGAUAACGCGGCAGAUUCCCCUAGAUGCGCAUUACGAGCAUACCAGAACGAUGGGCUGCUCGCGAAAACGAGCCGAGUUGGAGAGUACAUUGGAGUUUUUUGACGCCUUCAUCGUCACUGGAUGUGUCGAGCGAAGCGAGGCAAAUUGCGUAAACUCGGCCAUACCUGCGAGCAGAAUGCUCCGAGGACUGACAAACCAGCUAUGCCGUGAGUUUGUGCCACAUCGAGAAUUUGCCACCGCUACCAGUGUGUUCCCACCGAAGACAAACAAUCGCCGUUCUCUUUAUGUUGACAACAAAACGCAACGCGGGACCGCUGAAAACUUAGAUGAUGUGAUCCUGACGAUACCGAACUUUGAAUGCAAUUCUCCUUCUCGUUGCAAGGACGAUCUUCGAGGAACUUGUCGCGAUGAAGUCGAGUUCAGGAGGCGAUUCUGGUUCUCGGAAGUCACGGCACCAGAUGUUCCAGCGUGCACUACAGAAGCGAUGUUCCCCCGAUUGGCGGCGGAGACCAGAGGGAGCGAGGAUUGGCUGGGAACUUUCUCCGCGAGCACAGUACCAAAGCUUUAUUCCAUGGUUCUCGACUGGCCCGCUCGGCGAAAUGUGCCUGCGGAUAACAAAGUCGCCCGCAAAGUGGUCACAUAUGGUGCUGGACUCAUGGGGUGCCAUCGAGAGAGCAACCGUGACCGGUCACGACAGCACAAUGAUGAUCCUUUCUGGUCUUUGCCUCUGCAAUACCGUCCUAUGGCUCCUCAAGGGCCUGUGAUCGAUCUGCUGAACACCCUAAUGAACAGACUUGGCCAAUAG